AUGUACGGUUUCUUCAACUCAUCAGAAAUUGACGAAGAAUAUUACAACGCCACACAUACAUCAGCUCCAUCACCAAUUCUUGCUCUAAUUUUCACAGUAAUCAGUGGUAUUGGAGUGAUUGGGAAUGCUUCUCUUCUAGUGUAUAUAAUUGUUCAAAAGUUAUAUCACAACUUUAUUUCGUCUCAUUUCAUUGCUCAUCUAUGUUUCACCAAUUUGAUUGCCUUGUUGGUAUUAGUACCAAUUAUAAUACACAAUGUAUUCACUGGAGUGAAUUUACUGCAAGGAAGCAAUUGGUUAUGCAGAGUUCAGGUCUCAAUAACAGUAACCGUUUGGACUGUGAUGGCAAUGAUGAAUCUCUGCAUUGCUGGUGUUCAUCUUCUCACAUUUGCUCGUAUCCACUAUGAACAAUUGUUCGGUUUAUCACCUACAAAAUUAUGUGUUCUCUCGUGGAUAAUAUCCUGGCUUCUAUCUCUUCCUUCUCUCACAAAUGGUCACGUCGCAAUUUAUGGACCUGCCGUCAGAACAUGCGUAUUCUCUCAUUCGGAUUCUGGAUUGAAAUUCUUGACGUACACAUUGAUAUUUGGAGUCUUCAUUCCAGCAAUGUUCUCCACAAUUGCCUACUUCAGAAUCCUACAGAUACUAUUCCACAGCCCGAUAGUAUUUCAGUCACUGGGUCUCUACAAGAGCAGAUUUCUGGUCUACUUUUUCUUGUUAAGUCCAUUGUACACUCUUCCCUUCUACAUCUUGACCGGUUUCGACCCGACUGAUCCCGUCCGAAUGAACCAGGACACAUUAUGGACAAUUGCUUGCACAAUGUUCGCAUUUGUUCCGUGUAUAGUUGCUCCAGUACUGUAUGGUGCCAGUAUUUUCAUAAUCAAAGAAGAAGACAUGGCAUUGACAGCCAGAACGCAUAAGGCUCCACCCGGUGCUUACCAUCACGUGGCUCAACAGCAUAAUAUGCAGGCUCAACUCAUCUAG